AUGGCCUCUCAGCCUCCUCCCGCGGAAGAUCCGCUCGUUGCCGCUUUACCCCCUGCUACAGACUAUAUGACCUACUUGACCAUGCUCGAGUACCAGCUAACCCCGCAAAACCUUCCUACGUUAACCAGACUGCUCAGCGAAGACGACGGUACGUUGGUACAGGAGAUUGGAUGGGACCUGUUGAGGCUUCUGCUUCCAUUGCUGAACCACAACCCGGAUGAAGCCAACCGCUGCUUGGAAGUGAUUGCUCGAAGAGGCAACCCUCGAGAGGUAGUGGUCCGUGUAGCCGAGGAGCUUGAAAGACUGGGCGAGGAAGUGGAAGGGCUGAGUGAAGAUGGUGACGGGUCUGACCAGGGAGCGGCUGACGAUGAGCUGCCCACAUUUGCAGGCGAAGCACCCCGUAUUCAUUUGGGCCCUAUGGCACUCCAAGGUAUGCCCGAGGCCAGAGAGCCAGCGGAACAGGCUUCUGCCCAACACGAAGACGCCCUAGAAACUGCAAAGCCGACGGCUUCGUCAGGCCCAUUGAAGUUGCAGGCAUUGCUUAACAUGCUCAGCAUCCUUCACCCUAGGAUCAAGACACAAUAUCCAAGCAGAUUUCUCGCAACGUCACUGCCUGCAGCAUUGGGGGCCUACCGGAAACUCCCCAUCUCUAUAGCAACAACGUCCUCUUUUCUGACCAUGUUACAAACGCUUGCUGGCAAGGGACGUCCGGCCCUCCCUCCACGAGACGGCAGUUCUGGCAGGACCACGUCAGCUUCAUUGCCAGAUCCGGAAGCCAGGGCGGAAGAGGAAGAUACAGGCAACAAUACGGCCUCACCAGAAGACAUGGCUAUCACAUCUCGACUCCUUGACGCCGUCCUGCUUGAGGUCCUGGACGAAUAUCUAUCGUCUCUCUCAUCACAUGAGUACCCGUCCAUGUCCUGGACCGCUCGCUUACGAGAGAAGCUCGAGCCACAACGAGUACUUCCAAGGCGAGCUACUGAGACCCAGCUCUGGCAAGAAACUGAAGAGUUGAAGGAGCGAGACGCAUUGGUAGCGAGAUUCGGCGCGCUCAGCAAGGAAAUGAACAUUCAUACUGCGACCGAGAUCAAAAAACUCCUGUACGAAGACGAUGAGGGGACCGAAGUUUCGUCAGCGGAACAAGAACCUUCAGAGUACCCGACUUCGCCAUCCCAAAUCCCGUUCCCCAGGGCGGGAGUGAUUUUCUUGUACGCGUUCGAGUCCUACGUCGACGUCGACUCCCUGCCACCUCUCCUCACCACCACCGAGCUGACCAAACUGAUUGCACAUUCGUUCCCGCUCUCAGCCACGCCCUCGAUUGGCUCUCCCGCAUUGCAGGAUUCGCUGCUCUCACUACUCUACCGCCGCAUCCUGUCGCCUUCAGCCACGGAAGCGCCACCAUCACCGGCCAAAUUUCUGCUGCUGAUAAGCACACUGACCCAACUUUUCACCAUCACGCCGUGGCCCGCCCUGCGUGACGCUGCCCAUUACAUUGCUACCAAGCUUUUACACGCCUACCCUGAUCCUAAGGUCCGCCUGGAAGUCAUUGUCCAAACGUUGCGAGGCAGCACGCUGAGCACCAACUGGGCAGAGAUCGAAGACGACCUCGACCCCGAGCCAGAACCCGGCAUAGAUGAGGAGACUGGGCUCACACGCAGCACGUCAGCACUUCAGCCGCAUCCAAUCCCCCUGGCACCACCCCAGCAGAUGGGUGCCUUGAAGGCAGUCGGUGUGGAUUGGCUGAAGGAUGAGUUCGCGAUAUGGUUUCGUCCGAAGGGUGCCGAGAGCGGUCAAUCCCAAAUUGAACAGCCUCUUGCGCGAACAGAUGGCCUUGACCCUGCCAUCCUCAUGAACAGCAAUGUGGCUUCGGAGACAGCCGGGGAGAAGGACAUCGAUACAUCGCCACUGCUCGAUCUGCUGUUUCCGCCAGGACUGCCCACGCUUCCACCCCGGACGACCACAACCGACCAACCAGUCGAUACUGACUCCGACGGCUCGGAGACUCUGUUGUCGUUCCUUCUAGACAUUCCUUACUACAUUGCGACGCUCAACCUGCUCUGCGUCCUCCUUCCACAUCUGCCUCCGCCAUCGGCUCCGUCAAGCGGCACGACCGAUCCGAGAGCCCGAUUAUCUGCCCACGUCGAUUCACUAAAGACGUCAUCGCAAUUCCUCUUGACGCUGCUCCAGCAUGCUACUACUGCGUCGGGUGCAGCCGAGAGCGAGGGUGAGGGUGAGGAUAUUCUCGCAGAAAGCCGCGCCGACAUCUACGCCUUCGAAGACGCUUGUGCCCGUGCCACCGCGGCUCUGGAGCUCGUUGCAAAAUCUACAUAG